UACAUCGGUGUAGUUCCACUUUCUGCUGCUAGGGGGCGGUGUAGGUCACCAUGCUGGUACAGUAACAUGGCGGUCUGAUGUCAGUCAGCAUAAUGCGAGUUUUAGCAACCGGACUCGGUGGAAACAACGCGGGUGAUGUUUAUAUUUUGCCGUUCAAGAAAGAAUAACUGCUGGUUUCAUAUGUCCGGUAUGUCUCUACGGCUCCGGUGAUCUUCCACGGCGUCGUACCCGGUAGCGGAGUUUGGGAUUCGAUCCCGAGUGGCCAGAUUCUAGCUUCCCGGAUUCGGUACGAGGCUUUUCAGCCUUCGCCACCGAGGAAGAAGCCUCAAUUCCAUGCAGGCAGCAAAGUCAGAGUGAGAAGAAACUUGCUCCAUAGGUGAGGAGGCAUCUGACAAGACCACCACAGCACAAGACACCCAGGGCCUAUGGAUCCCAUUGACUCUGGACAAGGGCCAGAGAAGUCGUCGGAGCAGUGUUGCAAUUUAUCACCCAGCUCUAAAGGACGGCAACGGAAGAUUAAUCCAAAAUAUUCAGACUAUGAAAUCGAUGGCAUGUUUGGGGGCACAGAUGGGCAAAAACGACGUAGAAAGAGCCCAUUAGCAGCAAGGGAAGCAGCUUCUAAAAAGACUCCAGCAAAGAAGGGAAAAGCUAAGAAUGCCGCACAACAGACAGAAGAUGGGGAAAAAGAAGCAGCUGACGAAAUACCUCAAGAGUGCGAUGGCAAAACCUCACAGGAAACUCCUAAAAAGGCCGUGAGAGCCGGGAAGACCCCGACAAAAAAGACUCGAGCCAGGAAGACCCCGACAAAAAAGACUCCAGCUAAAAGAACUCCUGCCAAAAAAACUCCCGCCACCAAUGGGGGCCUCGCAACUGGGGAGGGUGGAAUUGUAGUUACCGUGCAGCAGGAAAAUGGGACACCGAAGCCAAAGAGAAAGUAUGUGAGGAAGUUGCCUCCACCGGAACCAGUACCAGAACCACCAUGUCAGGAGGCCGAGGAGGAGACCACACCGAGCGGCCGCCACAGGAGAGGCGCUGCUAAAGUGGCAUUGAAGUACCUUCACAUUUUUGCAAAAGAAGCGCUUAGUCAUCCCAAUGAUGAGUCAGGCUCUCCGGCAGAGGACAACGAUGAUAUCACUCGCAAUCACUCGGUCAAAGAGCGGAAAAGUCUCAAAGGACGCAAAGGCCGAAAGAGGAAACGUCCCGACUCUGACACCGAUGCUGCAGAAGAUGAGGACUUUGUUCCAGGUGUUGAAGAAGAUGACGAGGUUGUUGAAGAAGAAGAAGAGGAAGAAGCAGAGGACUCAGACUCAGAUUUGGGGGCAGGCGGAAGAAGUCCAGCAACUUUUUAUGUCAACAGAUCCCAUGCAGGCUCGAAAGUCAAAACCCCCAACGGCCUCUUCACCAGCGCCAUGAAUGUAGUUUGGGAAUUCACUGACACGACCAAGAAGUUCCGAGAGGAGCACUACAGCAGCUGGGUGUUCCCAGAGUGGGUCCCCUCCAGCAGUCACUGGCACCCUGUACCACAAAGUGAUGUGGAGAAAUACCUGCCUCAGGAGCUUCAGUCGGCUGCUUUCAGAGUGUCUAGAGAAGGCCUCAGUAAGGAGGAGACGCCUCUGCAAAGACUCAGCAGGUUCACGGCAGUGCCUUCUCACCCGGAUCGCUGGGACAUGUUGCUGUAUGCCGGUGGGCCGGUCUGGUCCAUGGAGUGGUGUCCCACACCUGACGGUGCUCCGGCAUCCCAGUACCUCGCUCUGGCCUGCCAUCGAGGGAUGGACGACCAGCACUAUGUCAACAAGAUGUACUCCGGAUCGGGACUCAUUCAGCUGUGGGACUUGGGCACGCUGGAGUACGACAGCAGACCGGACUCCCAGCCAGCCUUGGCCUAUGGCUUGGCCCAGGACAAAGGCUUCAUCUGGCAACUGAAGUGGUGUCCCGCUGGAGGCUGGGAGCUUCCCAGCUGUGGCAGAAAGGCUCCGUUCCUGCCCAGACUGGGUCUUCUGGCAGUUGCCACCUCCACUGGUGUGGUCACCAUUUACAGCCUGCCCCACCCUGAUGCUCUGCACUCCAACAGGAAGCAAGCCAACUCUGGAAAAGCCAGCGAAGAGUUGCCGAUAUACCAGGCACGGGGCGUGUUAACACUGAAGCUGGGCUCCUUCAAAGCCCCUCGCCAUCAGAGGAGUGGACAAGUCCUGUCUAUGGAUUGGUUGCCUCAAAAACCACACAAUAUAAUGGCUAUUGGAUUUUAUGAUGGUGUAGUAGGUCUUUGGGAUCUGUCCACCAAGUCUUCGCUGUUGCGGGUGCGAGAGCCAGGCGAGUCACUCAGCCUGCUGCCCUAUCGAUGCCUCCUGGCUCACGACCACGCCGUCCGGGCCCUGGCCUUCUGUCCCGCCUCCAGGUACCUGUUGGUGACAGCCGGAGAAGACCGCUAUGUGAAGACAUGGGAUCUGAGGAGGCUCCAUGAUCCCAUCACUGUGCAGAAACGCUAUCUGACCAAUGAGAUCUAUUGGCCGCUGAAUGCACCUGGCCUCUUUUUGGCCCAGGAGAACGCCUAUGCACCGUAUGCUUCACAGGGAGUGCAUUACUUUGACCAUAAUAUGCGCGCCAUCUUCGCAAUUCCUCGGACAGGCACUGUGUGGUCCUUGUCUUACACUGACUGGAUGAACAGUGUGGUGACAGCAGACAGCUUUGGUGAGGUGAUCUUCUCCCUGUUACCUCAGAUAUGCUUCACUCCCCAAUACCUCAAACGCACGUUAGAGAGACGUUUUCCUGUCUACAUUACAACUCUGCUGGCUCGUGAUACAAGUGACGAAGAGAAUCAAGAGACGGGAGGAGUGGAGGACAGACACGCUGUUGAAGAGAAGGAAGGAGGAGAGACAGAAGGACCGGAUGCUGAAUCUGAAGGAGGGAAUGAACACAAUAAUAGAAAUGGAGGAGGUGGAGAAAGGGGUACAGAGGAUAAAGGUCCCCCUCUGCGGUUCCAGACGUACAAAGAGGCUGUGAAGAGAUACUGCCUCCUCCAUAAAGACUUUAAUAUGCGGACCUUCAAAGGAAGCGAGAAGCAAGCUGUGUGGAAACACAUGAAAGACACUGAGCUGAAGAGAAAGCUGAACCUGGAUGAGUUGCCUAUAGCUGCACUACACAAGGUGCGUUUCAACCCGAACAUGUGCUGCCAUACCUGGUUGGCGUCCGCGGGCCAGACGGGGCUGGUCAGACUAAACUGUCUGAGGACUAUGAUCAGCUCUCAUGCCAAGAAGAUAAUAAGCGAGAACCAGGCCCAGUUCAACGCACUGUACUCUCCGAAAGAGCAGAAGGAGGCCAACCAAACUGUGACGGACGAGCUAUAGCAAGAGUUCACAACGGAAUCAGAAGGUGGAUCACAAAAACACAAAGCCUGCAAAAAGUUUUUUUUUAAAGAAUGAUAAAAAAAUAUAUAUAUAUAUAUAUUCAUAUUUCAUCAGCACAGACAGUAUACUGUAUACAUUUGACGUUUUUCGACUGGGUUUAAUCCUGUUUCAAGUGUUCCAAAGGCCAGCGAGGAUAUCAAACGAUGGUUGAUUUGCGGGUUUUGUGGCAUUUCUUCAACAGCAGGCUCAAUAAUACUUUUUCAUGAACUCUGAACAUGUUCUUCAAAGUGCUCCAGGUUAAUUGAGAACCACGUCUAAGAGUUUCCAUCUAUAACCUCACCACCUCCACACUCUUACGCGUAAGUUUCCACAGACUGAACACAUUUUACGUAGCACCAAAUUAUUAUCUAGAGUGACAGUUUAUUUGCUUCCAAGAAGUUUCAGGAGCUGGCAGUUAAGUGCCUUGCUUAAAUGUACCACCAUUAGCAUUAUUAGCAUUUUCCACCUUAAUGAUGAUUCCAAAUGGGUCAAGUAGGGUUUUCAGUUGCUCCAGUUUCUCUUAUUUGGCAUACAAAUUGCAAACAUGGCAGUAUAUCCAAGAACUUGAAAUUUUAACAACAAUACCUCUAGUUUUUUUUUUUUUUUAUUGAUGGCAACUACAAAAUCUUGUUUUUCCUGACCUCCAUUGGUUACAGUUGUGUACAGUGAUGUAGAAGUGUACUUCGGGGUGUGUCAGUACAACGUUGUUGUUCAAAUUUGUUUAUUAGGAUAAACCCCUUGAGAUGUAUCAUCUCAUUUUCGAGGGGGUCACUUUAGGGUAUGGUUACAGAUGCACCAGGCGUGAAGCUUUUGUCAUUCUAAAAAAGUGAAUACAUUCAAAGUAGCAACAACAGGCAUCCAAAAAAACAAAUUCUACUUCUGUUGUUAUAAUGCAAAGCAGACAUGACUCAUUUGUUUUCUAUAUGUCACUAGUUGGUGCAGAAAUUCAAGCUCCAGUGUUUCUGGUCACAACAUGGAAGAUAUGAAGGACUGAGUUGCAAAAUGUGAGAAACUGGGUAAACGUAAAGCCUUCAGGCCUUUUCUCGUAACUUAUUUUAGCAACGUUGUUAUUUUGUAAUCCGCAAGACAUUCCACAGUUUGUUAAUUUGUGUCCGCAGCAGCGAGCGGCCGUUUGGUCGAUCAAAAACAUGGUGUCCAAAGCCCAACAAUCAUUACAAUGUGUGCUAGUGUUGGUUCCAGACCUUUUUCUUUUUUUUUAACAGUGCCUUAAAGAUAAACUUUCAAAUUUUGUCCCUAUAAGUUUCAAAACAUCAACCGCCAGCUGGGAAACCUUGUAUCUAUAAAGGAAUAGUUCACCCAAAAACAAUAGAAAUAGUUUCCAGCACUAACUUCCUCCCAGUUCCCAGUGGUCCCAAAAAAAAAAAAAAAGAUGGAAGAACAGGUCAUUAAACGUCCGACAAAACGUUUCUUCCUGUGCAGCAUUAUCCAAGUGUCUGGUAUAUUUGGGGGCUCAUGGAAAUCCAAACACAGCUACUGUAUUUUUGCUAAACUAUUGCUAAACAAAGCAUGUUUUAAUUAUCUUUCUGUGACUGGGAAAUGCAUUGUUUAGCAAUAGUUCAGCAAAAAUAGUUGUUUGGAUUUCCAUGAGCCCACAAAUGGAUACAAGACACUUGGAUAAUGCUGCACCGAAAUGUUUCUGGACAUCUUUCCGACACUUUAUAACACUUUUUUAUUUAUUUUUUCCGGAAAUGUUUUCAUUUUUCGGGGCUCCACUCUCCUGAAAGCCAUUUGAUUAAAAAAAAAAAACAUAGAGAGCGAGGCAAGAGGGGAGUACCACUGUGUAUACAGUCUAUAUAGUUUUUGUGUGAACUACUCCUUAAAGCUAAUUUUUUCCUGAUUUAUAUUUGUAAUUGCUAUUUUUCUCUUUUAUCAUGUCAAGAACAACUCAGGCUAUAACUGAGGGGAAAUACUUGAAACUUUUUUAAUUGCAACUGCUGGAUGUAAUCUUUAUCAAUGACUAAUUAUAGUUUUUCUUUUCCAUUGUUCUUUUAUUUACUUGUUGAACGUGUUCAUGCUGUUUUUUUUUCCUGAUGAUUCAAAGGUUUUGAUCAGUUAUUUAAUAAUUAGAACAGCUGUACUGUGACAUGACCUAAUUUAUUGUUUAGUGUCUACGAAACAUAUUGGGAAAUGUUCCAGUUGUUUACAGACGCAGCUGUCUCUUUUUUAGAGGUUGUGUACAACGUGUUUUCCUCGAAGUUAAAUUAGGGGUUUGAAAAUGUCAGGCUUGUUUAGUUUCUUUCCAUUACAAAUCUCAUCGACAGUUUCAGAAUGAUGUUGAGUCAUGGAACGUGUUUCAUGACUGACAACAUUAUCAUUAACUUGUAAAUGAUAAAAAUGAUCAUAAAAGCAUCAAAAUGUA